AUGUCUGAAUCUUCUGGAAAUUUUUUAUUCUGGAUUCAAGUCACACAUUUUGUCCCAAAACUUGGAUUCAUUCUCACAACACUUUUCGGAUCGCUUCUUCUUCUGCUCAAUUAUCUCGGCGCGCAAAAAAACUUUGGAUCCUAUAAAUACCUGAUCAGUGCGUUUACAAUUCUUGGCAUGGUUUUUUCAGCCGUUGAGAUUCUGGUUUAUCCGAAUGUGCACAAUUAUAAAGCCGGAUUUCUGUUCUUCAGUUUCCAAGAGUCUUUUGGUUUGACAAGUUCAUGGAGUAGGAAUAUACCAUUGGCAGGUUACACAUUUUUCCAUUCAGCCACAAUGUCGCUGUUGUCGGUGCAUUUUAUAUACAGAUAUUGGGCUGUUUUUGACACUAACAAAUUAAACUACUUCCAAGGGAUCCGGUCUCUGAUCUGGUUUGGCUACUGCACAUUCUUUGGGUUCCAAUAUGCCCUUGGAACUUACUUCUUCCUUGCCAGAGACGAAAUUGCCGAUGAAUACUUCCGUGAAGACGUUCUUCUUCGCUACAAUGCAAAUAUCACAGAACUUCCUGCAAUGUCAAUUGUAUCUUAUGAUCCUGUUGAUGGAUCAAUCCGCUGGUUUAAUCUUAUGGGAGUGAUCAAUAUCAGCGCAAUUGUCAACUUUCAAUAUGCCAUUAUGAUUUAUUGCGGAUGGACGAUGCAUACAAAAAUGGAGGAUAAGAUUAAGCAUUUUUCGGAGACAUUGAGAAAGCAUCAUAAGCAAUUUUUCAAGACUUUGGUUAUACAGAUCACAACUCCCACUAUCAUUCUUUUUAUUCCGAUUACUAUCAUCAUGAUUUUGCCAAUUAUGAAUCUGGAUAUCAGUCUUCCAACUGGAGUGUUCCUUUGUAGUUUUACCCUCUAUCCAGCAACUGAUUCGAUGACUGUAAUGUAUGUGGUGUCAGAGUAUAAGAAUACAGCUAAAAGAAUCCACAAAGUGUUCGGAAAUGGAAUAAAAGAAAUACAAGUAUCGAGAAUUAGCUCUACAAUAAACCCGGCCAGCACAGCACCGUCUUCGUGA